AUGCUCAUAGAAUUGUUGUCAUACCUCCUGAGCUCCCAGAAGCAUACUUGUGGUAAUAGAAGACAAGGAUUGCAAUGUGAAAAAGCAUUAAAGAAAGCCAGUCGGACUCAGAUGGUUCAAGACUUCCCCCUCAUGAAAAUCUUGCUGGCCCUGUCCACAUUCAUUGCCUUCCCCUUUGCGGCUUCCGUGACUCUCGCGGAUGUUCAGGCUGAUAUAAAUACCAUCAUAGCGGUGGCUACAACCUACGACCAGGAUAUUAUAGCGCUUUCGGCGGACACUCCUUCAGUUAUUACCAUUCUGGACGUUCACACCGACGCGGAAGUCCUUAUCAGUUCACUUAAUCAGUUAACCGCAGAUUUGAAGAGCCUUCCCUUACCCAUUGACGACGACGAUGUCACUUCACUGCUAAAUAAUAUCACAUCAUAUGUGUCUCCUAUAACGGACGCCUUGUCAGAAAUUAUUCUCAAGAAAUCGGCCUUUGCCAGCUCGGAUGUCGCAGGUGUUCCUGCAAUCAUAUUGCGUGAUCUCAUUGGCCUAAACGCCAGCAACUCGAAUCUUGAAACGACCAUUCUUGCUACAUUCCCUGAGAUGGAUUGUCACACUACUGCUGUAGAUUCCGCAUUUGCGAAUGCCAUAGCUGCCUAUACCAACUAA